GAUACAUGCAUAAUAAGCGCGUAUAGGUUUUAAUAACGCGUUCUAGCCUCCCGCUCGACACUAUAUCGCGCCGUCGUCGUCGUCGCUCCGUAUCGUAUCAUAAUAAUAUUAUGAUUAUUAUUAUCAACACCAUCGUAUCGACGACGGCUAUAAUAACUGCUAGGUACAACAACCGCUCGGUAAUCGCAAUGUUCGUCCGUAACCGCACUCGACGACCGACUUUGCGGCUGUCGUUCCCAUUGUCAGGGCCGCCGUCGUCGUGUGUAUCGCGUUACCGUUGACGACCGCGACACUUCGAAUCUCGUCAAACGCGUUUUUUCGCCGCCGCCGUCGUAUUCGUAAUAGACCGCGAAAACGGACGUACACGACUCUCGGCCGCCGACCGUGCGAUGUGAUUUUUCGCCGUUUCGCCGAUUAUCAUAGAUAUUAUUAUUGCGUUUGUUUUUUUUUUUGUUUUUUUUUUUUUUUUUUUUUUUUUUUUGUUUUCGUUUUUCCAAAAAGGCGAGAACCACACCUAAGUUGUUGAACCGCGAUGUUUUUCGCGACCGAAGUGUCGUCGACGGCUUAUUGGACGAUGGCGGUGGCCGUUUUUUACGCGGCUCGUUUCGCAACGUCCGCCGCGCCACCGUCCCCGGACGAGAACAUCGAAAACAGUAAGUUCGGGUCCCCGCAUAAAACAACACACUUUUUAAUUCACCCGGUGACGAGUCGUCUGCUGCGUCGGUAUAUUGUAGUAUCAGUCUCGGGGAAGAAGAACUCUGGUCAAUUUUGUACGGUUUUUGACACGAGCGAGUUGAAAUGACGAUCGUAGUAUAAUAUUGCUACAUAUCAGCUGUACGCCUAUAAUAUAAGACGACUCAUGCCUCUUUUCGGCAAACAAUAAGUACAUCACGAUGACUUGGGAUGAUGCGUUUUUGUGUUGGAACAUACUUACAUUUAUGACGUCGUUUAGACAUAAAAUAAAAAACCACAUUAAAAUUGUAAAAAACAAAAAAUAAUAAAAAAAAUCGACUUACGCCGUGGGACCGAACAGUUAAAUUUUGCGCUUUUUAUCCAUUUACCGCGAAUCAACGCGAGUUGUUUUUUUCAAUACAGAAUUAGGUAGGAACUUUUUUUAAAUUUUUUUUUAUCGAUCUUACGUUAUUGUUGUUUUAAAUGAAGUCGACACGUCAUUAUUAUGUGUUUUUACACAAACACGAAUCUAUAUUAUAAUUAGGUACAGGUACGAUGUAUUUCGCAUAUCAUCACAAAAUAAAAAUAAAUUCAUAUAACUUCGAAUUUAAAAUGUUUAUAUUUUUUUUAUACUUGUUUAUUUAUCACGUGUUGCGUCUAUUUUAAUGAUGUGCACAUCGUAGUGCACAAUAUUGCAGAUAAAGAUAGAUAACAAGUAGGUAUACACCUAUUUAAUAGUUAAAAAUACAUGUUACUUAAUUCGUUUGCUUAUACAAUUUAUUGCCUAAGUAAAUAGUAUUAUUCAAAAAAAAAAAAGUGGGGGGAGGAUCAUUUCUAAUACUCAAUUAUCCAAGUAGCUAGACAGUUAAAGUAAAAAAAAAAAACAAAACAAACUGUCGCUUAUUAUUCGCUGCAUGUUACUAAAAUCGAGUAACUCGUUCAGUUUUGCGUUAUAGGUACCAAAUAACGUUCGAAUUUAAGGAGGGGUGGUAAUUUCAUUUCCCCUCCGCCAAAGUUGUUGGCAAUCAAUUAAUUAAGAAAUUGUAUAGAAACGAAGCGUUGGUAUUUAUUUCCAUACUCCGUUAUAAAUUGUUAUCCAAAAUUAAACUUCUGACAGUUUUAAUUUUUUUUUUUUUAUUUUGUUAUUGCGGUAUUAGUUACCCAUUUAUGUAUAGGUACUUUGUAUGCAAAACCAUAUAAAAUCUGUUCUUAAUUUUUUUUUUCUCAUUUUAGAUUCCGAGCGUUGUAAGAAAGCUAUCGGUUUUACUAAAAUGUUUAUUAUUUUUUCUUUGUUCUAGUCUGUGGACACGUUUUUUCUUAGUAAACUUACUUCGAUUUUUACGUGUAGCAACUUUCCUGAAAGCUCAAGUUGUCUAGAUGGUGCUUUAGAGGAGUCAUUUUUUAAAUAUUAGCACUUAAGUGGGAAAAAACGUAGGAAAACGUACAGUUUCACGAUUUCAUUAUUUUAUAAAAACAUGGAUGACGUUUUCUACCAGAAAAAAUGAUUUAUUCGAAAAAUCACAAGAUAAUUUUUUGUUGCGUUUUUCAUUUACUUUCUAACGGUAACAUUGCAAAACUUUUGAGCUUUCAAGUAAUUUUAAUUUUUGGAAGUGUUUUGCUGUAAUUUGGUUAUAAAUACACGUAGAGACUUGAAAAUUGGUAAUAAUACUUUUAUUGGACUUACCUAGACGUGGUAAAAUUUCCAAAAUUAUCGGACGAUUUUUUUUUUUUUUUAAUAAGCGUUUUAAAAUCAAAUUUAAACGAAAAUAGCAAAAAUUAUGUGUAACUGAACUGCGCUCAGAAUCGUCUUUCGUCAAGCAAUGGUUUAUCGUUGCUUAUAGAUUUAAAUGAAAUAACUUUAUUUAUUGUACCUUCCCAACUUCUCACUUCAAACAUUAGUCGCUCCCAUCCCCAGUAUCGGCUCUUUUUUUUAGCAUUGCAGUUAAUAAAUACCUAUUACAAUGAAAUACGUUUUCGUUUUUCUCGUCUCGAAAAAUAAAUAUUUUAAAAUUAUACUCCGGGUUCGGAUUCUUAUUUCUUUUGGGUGCAAAUACAAAUGUCUGUUGUAUAUACAGGAUGAUUCACUAAACGUGCUCACCCCAUUUAUUUUUUGUUAAAUUUUGCAUAUUUUCAAAUCCUGAUUUUUGGAGUUUAGACUGAAAUUUCGUUCAAUAUAGAUAACAUCGACACCCACGCAACUAGGCUUAUCAAAAUUUUGAAAAAUGAUACUGCUUUCAAAUUCUAAUAAACACGUUUCACUAUAAUCACUAAAAAUUCCCAAAUACAGGUAUAUAUUGUAUAAUAAUAUUAAUACAACCAAGCAGAGGCGCCAGGUUUCGAAAAGGUUACGGGUGUUAAUUAUUUUAUAAACACUCACAAUAUCAAAAAAAAAAAAAAAAAACGAAUAUUUUCUCAGUUAUUUCUUCAUAAAUAAAAUUAGUAUUUUGAGGAUGACAAAUAUUUAUUUUUUUUUUUUCUAAUAUUAUGAAGCUAAUAUCAUGAGCUCCGUUUUACCCAGCUCAUGGGAGCUGCAGCCCUAAAACCCCCCAGUACACGGAGCCUUUGAAAACUUGUAUGAACAUAUUAUUUUUUUUAAACACGAGACGCCAGCUAAAUUACGAGGCACUGUUGGCUCUGUGCCCGUUUAGUUAACACCAAUUGUGUAACCCGCUAUAUAAAUAUAUAUUGUUCACGUCGCAAACUAUUAUGCAACAGGUAAAAACGAGAUAAUCAUCUGAUAUUGUUUCAGAAAACACUACGCUGGAUUAGAGGUUAGAUUUAUAACACCGAUAUAGAACACAAAAAUAUACCACUUCACCAGAAAAAAAAAAAAAUUGAAAUGUAUGCAUUUCAAUGUUGCAAUUUUAAGUUUUUAAAUAAUCAAAUAGGCAUAUCAUUGAAUCCAAUAUUAGUUGAGUACCUUCCUACAUUACGUAUGCAAUAUAGAAACCAUUUUUGUAACGUUUGGCUAUUUUUUUAGUUAUAAUAUCAAAUUAGUUUAAAAAGCUUAAAAAGCGUAGCGAGAGAGCGCUACGCUCGGAAUCUAAAAUAUAUCGAUGACUAAAAUGCCAUAAUAAUUGUACCUACGUCUAUGAAUACCAAAUUAUUUUAAUUAUUCAAAAUUCCAUCUUGAAUUAUGAUUUAUUCAUUUUUCGAUUUAAUUACGUACUAUUAUAUAAACCAUGCUAAUGAUUAAAUAGUUUAUAUAAGUUCAUUAAAAUAUGUGUACACUUCUUUUAUAUUAAAAAUGGCUUGUGAUAUAUGGUAAAAUUUAAAAAAUACCCAAUUAAAGUGAUAAUGAACUUCGAUGAACAAUAAUGGACACACAAUACAAAAUAGUUUGUGACGUAGUUUUUUUUUUUUUUUUUUUUGUCACUAUUUUUUUACCAUUCCUUUCAGAAUAAUCAUGUCACCUCUCAAAAAGAAAAAAAAACAAAAAAAUACGAAUAUUUUAAACAUAUACCUACUAAUUUUACCAACAACAAAUUAAAAAAACUUUGUACACCUAAGGUUUCAGUCUAUAUACAGGUAGGUACUUAGUCUAAUGUUAAAUUCGCAACUGGACAUGGACAAGUAUAACAGUGUCUGCACAGUUAGAAAACUGUAGUCGAUUGAACAUUUUACUGAAUUUGUCAAACAGCUAAAUUGUGAACGAUGUGCUCUGAUGUUAACUCUGGAGUGUUAAAAUAGGUAACAAUAAUGUGUGUAGAAUAAAAUACACAUGUAAACGUUUAAUCAAUACUUAUAGGCUACAGCAUACAGUAUAUGAAUAAUAUUAACUCUGAAGUCUGAAUAGCUGUUGAAUAAUUAAAUAUUACAUUAUCCAUUAAUUUAAAUUUAAAAUAACAUCAGUAUAUAGUUAAAUUAAAUAAAUUAAGUUCUGUACACGUAUAAAUGUUAUUUUGACUACCUUUUAUCACACAUGAUAAAAAAUUAUUAUAAUUUUGUAUACAUUUAUUUAUAAAUCCCCUUAUUGUAUUUAUAUUUCUUGUUCUAUAAUAAGCUUCUUUUGAUAUUUUCAUUUCCAAAUAAAUAUUUCUUAUACAUAUCAUUAGUUCUCGGAUUGUAUAGCAUUUGCUAACUGUUAUAGGACAAAGAUAAAAAUAGCAGGGUGAGCUUUACAUUUUGUUUUAUCCACCAGACUCUAAAUGUGAAAUUUUAUACCAUUUUUUUUCCGUAUUUAAAGUAGGUACCUAUUUUAGAUUUUUAGUAAUAUGUUUCAAUUUUUGAUGCUAUUUUUCUGCUAAGGCUAACAUACAUAACAUAAUGAUUUAUUUUGUAUUUUUCGUGUAUAAUAAACAAAAUCUGUAAUUUAUGUGUAACCUAACCUCAUAUUAUAAUCUAUUUUUAAGUAGCCUGGCGUAUUGUAGAGAUGUGUAGUUCACGAACGAAUUAGUUCGAAUGAACGAUUCUGACGAUUUAAUGAAUCAUUUGAACAAUUCAACAAACAACGACCGUUCAAUAUAGACGCAUGACCAGUAAAUCAUUUGAACGAUUCUUUUGAAUUUAUUAAUUUACGACUUCUUCACGAUUAAAAAAAUUAUUUUAAAAAUAAUAUACUUAUAUGGUUAUUAUAUUUAAAAACAAAUAAUCAGAUAGCAAAACAUAUCACAUUAUACAUAAUAUACAAAUUUUAAUUUUAGAAAUUUCCUCAUUCCCCAUUAUAGUUCUACAGAAACGACUCUAUUAAAAUAAUAUUAUAUGAUAAUUUGUUAAAAUAUUCACUUUUAUAAUUAUAUUGUAUAGAUACUAGGCAUGAGCAUGAAAUCCGAAUAUCAAAUUCUUAUCCGGUUUUUUUGAAUUAUCCGGAUUUGCUUUUUGUUAUCUGACUAUUACCCUAUUCAUUUAACAAACGCAAAACUACUGAAUCUUACAACUUAACGUGAUAUCUAAUGACGAAAAUUUCAAUUAUAAGAUUGGUUGUUAUAAAACGAAUUUAUUGCGUUUAUGUAAUCUAAUAAUAUGAGCUUUGUAAAUUAUAAUGUAACAAUAACCAUUUUGCGUAGAAAACCACACGGUGAUAACUGUUUGAAACUCGUAGAUAGGUACAUUUUAAAUACCUACUCGUAGUUAAACCUACCCAUGGUAAACCCACUGCAGUUAACUUAUCUUUACUUGACUAUUGAAUGAUUAUUGAAAAUGCUACAUAGGGAUUAUACAAUAAUAAUAUCGUUAUUGAUAUAAUUGUAUAAGUACGUAUACAUUUUUAUAAUUAAUCUGUUCUCUUAUAUUUAUAAAUAAAUAUAUUUAUAUAAUAAAAAUUAUUGUCAAAUAUCGAAAAUAAUCGAGUGACACCUUAUAACAAAAUGUGUAGAAUAAUCCGUGAAACCCGGAUUUAACAAAUUCGAAUAAUUCCCAUUUUUUAAUCAGGAUAAUAUGCCCAUCACUAGUGUAUACUGAACAAGUAUUUUCGUUUUUAUUGUUGUCAAAUAAAAAUUCAAAUUAUAUUUGUAUUAUAUGUAAAUCGUUGAAUUUAAAGAAAAAUUUCUACUCAAUUAAGAUAAGUAGAUUUGGUUUUUAGUACUAUAUUUUUAUUUGCUAGCACUAUAUUUGUAUUAUAAAUUUAUGUAACUUGCGUGGGGCCUAAAUGAGGAAUCGUGAGCCCCGCUCGCUCUGGCCUUAGGACGGCCCUAAUUUUAAGCAAUGGUAAACGAUAUGCCCCAUUAAACAGAUCAAGUUCAUAGAAAAUCUUUUAAAUUCACAUUAAUAUUUGUAUUUUAUUUUCUACAAUAAUGUUAUACCUAUGCAUAAGUACAAGCAGGGUUCAGGAUCGAGUAGUAUCUUAAUUACAUGUUUUAGACUCAAAUGACUCAAAUAUAUGUUGAGUAUCGUGAUACAAUUCUGUAAAGAAUUGAGCAUUUUGUGUUGUGAUACUGAAAACAAUGCUUCUAUAAUAUCGAAUAGGUAUCUGUCUAGAUAGGUAUUUAAGUAUCAUAGGCGCCCGAAAAGGAGACUAUCUGUGUCUCUUCCUCUUCUGGCUUUUCGAAAAAAUACAAACAAAUUAAAUUCGUACAUUAAUUAAAAGUAAUUUUAAGAACACGGGAAAUCUCGAAAAAACUGUUUAAUUAAAAAUCUUUUAAGUUGUAUGACAAAAAUUUGAUUUUGAUGUUGGUACCUAUCGAGGAUUUAGUAUUUAAAUAAGUACACAAUAUGAAUAUUUUGAUUAACUUGUUUUGCGACAAUUGUUACAUAGUAUUAUCUAAUAUCAAGGUUGGAUUAAGGGGGUUUGUAGUCCCGGGAUGCAAGACAAAGGGGGCCUCAAUAGUUUUUCUUUUUAAUUUAUUUUUUCUAUUCUGAGUGUAGCGGAGGCCGAAGAGGUUAUUAGUUUUACAAAGAUGUAGUUUUAUUUCGGAAAACACUUGCAUGCUUAGUAAAAAUACUUAAAUUUACGUACAUGUUAUACCUUAAAAGAUGCAGAUGUUCUGCUAAUGAUCAUUUCAUUUAAAACAUAUUUAUUGAAUUUUUCUUAAAUUUGUAUCCUUCGUUCUUUUUUGUUUGUUUUUGAAACUACAAGUACCCCUAGAUCGAUGUAUAGUAUUUUUUACUGAUAGGUAUACAAUGUAUACUAUACAUACAUAAUGACGUCAAAAUUAAAAAUAAAUAACACAAAUAAUGAAAUAACCUAAAUUAAAUCUGACUUAAAAAGAAAAAAAAUAAACAAUAUUAAUAUGUUAUAAUCGGAUCCAUUCGAUUUGCAGAAACGACCGCACCUGUGUAUUACUGCGACGACAGUUCGCAUUGUCCCAGCGGGCACGGGUUCAAUAGAUGUGAAAACCACCUGUGCAUGUGCGACGAGAACUUCUAUCGCGUGUAUAAUAGCACUUCCAACCAGUCUUCGUGUUUCAAAUGUUCGCGUGAGUCUAUGUUAUAAUAUUAAAUGUCAGUGUCGAUUAAUAUGAAAUUUUCCAACUAUUGGUCGUCUAGAAAAAAAACGAAUUAUAAUAAGUCUCCGGUGUUGUUAUAAUGGUGGUAAAUGCGCGAUCCGUUUAUUCGAAAACUAUUAUGAAUGGUCACAGAUUACUUUUAGUUUAAUAAUUGCAAAGGACACAAAUUUUGAUUAAGUCCUAUAGUCCCUCUUCUUUUAUUUUUCCAAUUUGAGCACUGUUAAUUAGCUAAUAACAAUAACCGUUGUUUAUGUAAACAGUAAAGAUAACUAUGUUUUUUUAUUUAUAAUAAUUUUGACCUCGGGCACAUCUGCGUCAUCGCGGCAAUUCGCAAGGUAGGUAUAUAUUUUAAUAUUAAAAUUAUUAUUACUCGUCAAACCGGCUAACCGUUCGGUAUAAUAUACUUACAUUAUGCAUUUAACUUAUAAAUAAUAAAUUUAUGCAAUCAAAAAUUAGUAGUAUAUUAAUUCAUGCAAACAUAUUAUAGUGUUUCAAGAGAGCUGUGCCCUGACUCAUUGCUGUCAAAAUUCGCAAGCUACGUUUUGCGUCAACAACGUAUGCAUGUGCAAGCCCGGAAUGGAAGACGAAUGCCUGUAAGUAUUUAUACGAAGUAAUACGCCUGCAGUGUCGAAUGUAAUCGUCAGGUGUACGUAAAUAAUAAUAGUCCGAGUUCACCAAGAUAUGUUCGUACACUAUUAUGAGGUCAGGGGGCGAAUCGGACCCUUUUUCCGAAGAUAACAAAAAUCCAAUCAGUUAAAUCGAUCUGGAAUCCUGUGAGCUGUGACCAACCCGUUUUUCCAUUUUCUCAACUGUUUUAUCUAAACCCGUCGUGGUUUUCCAUCGCCUAUGUUUUAGAUUUACACUUAUUUAAUAUAAAAUAUUAAAAAAUUCUUUGGGAAAGUUUAUAUGGUUUCGACCAACAGCCAGAUUAGGUUUCCGUUUUAUACUGACGUAGUCUUAACUUUUGGGUUUUUCUUUCGUGAUGGUUUCGGAAAUUUGUCUCCCUACUCAACUACGCCAGCGGGCCCAACCGACGACACUAUCAAUUUUUUUUUCAUGGUAUCGAGGAAAAAACCUUCGGCGAGUUUGAUCAGAACUUUUUAUGCAUUCGUAUGUGCGCUUUAGAAUAAAAAAAAAAAAAUAAUAAAACUCCGCUUUUAUUUUCGUAGCUGCAUUAUUUUUGUUCUUAACGUAUGUUUUAUAAUAACCGGCACAGUUCAAUCGUUUACAGAGGCAGGUACACGCCGACGCUGGGCAUUCAGCUGGCCAACACGCUUUCGGUGUCGUUCGCCUUCGUUUUCUUGGCAAUCACUUUCGUCGCGGUCGUUAGAAAAAUGUUCAGGUAAGUCUGGUCAUCGUAAAUACUAAUGUUGUUUCUCGCGGACCGCAUUUUAUUAAGUAUUCCGGUAUACUGUAUGGGUAUAAGUACUUAAAAUGUUUUAUUCUUUAUUUGUUUUUAACCAUAUCUGCUCGGCCGUUGGUUACGAGUAAUACGAGAUUUUCGAAUGGUUGUUUGUUUGCUCGAAAUUACGUCAACGAUAUAAUAAUAUUAUCAGUAAUCACAUAUAUACCUACGAAAGUACGGAAUUUUGGUAUUUGUUCGAUUUCGCUGGAGUAUUUAGAUAAUACUGGGUAUCUAGGAUGUAGCGCCAAUUUUUCAGUUGGCACGAGAUAUACACAAGAUAUACAACGGUGGUUGGAGGGUUCGGUCAGCGCUUAUCUGUGAAUUAUUAUGAAUUGUUUCCUUCGAUCAACACUAACUUCCUUUAUCUAGUAACUAUUAAUAUGUACCAUAGGUGUGUCCAGACCUCAUUCACAGGUCGUGCACAUCAGUGGCGUAUCCAGGGUAGAGGCUGAGGGGGAUAUAGCCCCCCAAAAUUAGGUUAGGGUUUGGCAAUAUGACCCUCCAAUGGCGACAUAAACUUUAUCAUCCAAUACAAACUAAACCGAUUUUUACAUUUUAUUAGAAAUAAAAAAAAUUUUUCCUUUUAUCGGAUAAAUAGACAACAUAUUUUAUGAAAUAGUAUUUAGUACUUAAAAACAUAAUUUUUAAUACGUUUUACAAAUAUUUAUUUUUAAAAUUACACAUUUUCCAAAGAUAUAUUAUAAUUCUAACCGUCGUUUUGUUGGUAUCAUCACUUUAAAUUCCCCAAUUACAUCGUCAUAAUUAAUAUUUUUUGUCGUCUAUUGUUCUAUAAAUAGAAACACUAAAGUAGAUACUCAUUAUAAAUGGUGUAGAAUCUGUCAUGUGUCAUUAUAUCACGAAGAACUAACCUACAGAAAUACACUAACAAUUAGUUAAAACAUAGGAAAACAUAGGUACAAAUGGAACGUUUACUAUGCUUAGAGCCUGAAAUAGUUAAAGAUAUAAAGUGGGAAGAGCUUAUUUGUGUAUAGGUAUUUAUUGGUUUUUACGUAUUCGUAUUCCCUUAUACAGGUUAUACAGAACCAUAAUAUUACUAUUAUUAUUACUAAUCCUCCGAUCUAGAUUCUAAACAGUUAUAUAUUAUCAUAAAAGCGUUGAAUCUAAUGUUAAAGUAUUAUGCCUAUCAAAAUAUUAUAUUUUUGAAUGUGUAUUGAAAAGAGACAGUUGCCAUUUGAAAAUAACGUUAAAAUGAAUAAGUUAAAACAAUUCCACAAUAGCCGAAGAAAAAAAUUGUUCGAGGAAACUACUAGAUUGUGAUAAAAAAAUGUAUUAUAUCGUAAAUAAAAUAAACGAAAAUUACAUUUCUGGAAAAUAAACAUAUCGUAUUUUAAAAUUGCGUAUAAAAUAAAAAUAAUUUAUAUUACUAGCUGUAUCAGUGAUUUAUGGUUUUCUCAGGUGCAGCUUUUUUAGAUGCGACUCGUUGAGCCGAGUUUCUAGUAACAGUUCGCUGAAUGAGUUCGUCAAGCAGAAAAUGCAAAACAGGCCGCCUGUCUACGACGACAUCGAGAAAGAUCGCAAAGUUCCUACAGAAAACAACGUGGUAAGUGCCAAAAAAAAAAAUAUUACUUUUACCAAUUAUUAUAACCCCCGCUUAAAAAAGUGAUACAACUGAUAAAACAUGAUUUUCCAAUUUAAAAACUGCAUAGGUCUAUUCUUAUUUUUCACCGAUAGAUGACGCAAAUGUCACUUUGGUUAUUACAAUAUUUUAUUACUUAAUAUAAUAUUAUCAAAAUUCAGUGCAACAACCUGAUAAGUCCACUUUAAAAAACUUUACACAAAAAGCAUAAUUUAAUUGGACUUAUCCAGUUUAUAGACCAAAUGUGACUAAAAAAAAGUCCUAAAAACCAGAUAAGUUCGGGCUUAGUUUGAAAAAAAAAGGGUAAGUAAUGCAAUCAACAAUUCACAAAAUUCUAAUUUUGUUUGAUCUCUGGUUUUUUUUAAUACUCUACUAGUUUAAAAAUUGCGUUUUACUGCCCAAUAUUUUUAUAGUCACCAGCUAAUUAUUAAAGUUUUUUUUUUUCGUUGUUUUGUGUAUAUUUUAUGUUUAUUAUCAAUCAAAACUAAGAAUGCACCUACUGACCUACUUUAUUUUUCAAACUUAUGACAAAACAACUGAUUAAUUAUACAUUUUCAAGCCUCCUCCCCAUCCCCCACCCCAUUGAAAAAUCCUGCGUACGCCACUGUUAUAUAGGUUGAAACUUUUUGUGUUUAGGAUUUUUCGGUCAUCAUAUAUAAUAAUAUAUUAUGUCAUCACACGAAACGUCAGUAUUUACGCUUGAUACGUGAAAACCAUGACAAAUUUAAUUUAAUUUACCAUGGUGAUAACCACAAACCAAGAUAAUAUAUGGACUGACAACGGAACCAAUUUCUUCGGUCAAAUUUCGAAACGGAGUUUUCGUGGAGGGGUAAUACAGAGUUUGAAUCAAAAAGAGAUAAAUUAUCACGUUCAUAAAAGUCAUAAUACUCAUUCACGCAGCGUAUAUUGUGCAUAGUUUAGGAAUGCGCCACUAAAAUCGUUGAGGUUUCUGUAUUCCCUAUCAUAAAAUUCGACUGCAUACCUGCCUUGUCGUUGCCAGUCCAUAUUUUAGUUCGCGCUCACAAUCAAUUUACAGUGUGCAAAGUAAAAUUCGUAUCAUUAAAUAAAGUGUUUACAAGGCGAUUUCAUUAAAACAAACCUCAAUUAAAUAUUCGAAAACUGAUGUCCAAACCACCGAGGCUUUGUAAGAAAAAAUUGUAAAAACAAAUAGAUUGUAAAUGUAUACUAUGCGAGUGUAUUUGCAUCUCGAAGUGAUCUCGAAACAUGCGUUUUUAUUUUUAUAAGAAUAGGUGUGCAACGUUCAUAAAAUACCUGUUGUGCAUGUCAACAAACGCCGGUAAAUGUCCGUAAAUUGUAUAAUAUUUAUAAAAUGCCAACAUUCACCAAAAUCGCUGGUAUAUUUCAACAUACAUACGCCUUUGUAAAAAUAAGAGCCUAUACUGCUAAUGGGUUUGCCACUGUUGUUGGAAGGAAGUUGAGAAGGUAUAAGGAUAAAUCAAUAGAGUAAUGUAAUUUUUAUCUGUAUAUACGCAACGAUAAAUUAAUGUUAACGAAAGUUCGGUUAGACAUAAUUUUUGAAAUCAUGCCGCGAUUUUAACGAUUUUCAUCAAGUUUUGAACUUUUACGCAAACGACGGUUUUACUAUUUAUACCAUUUAUUUUAUAACUUGUACUCUCACACAGUGCACAACAAGCGUAAUAAUUGUUCAUUUUUUCAAACGGAGAAAACUCCGUCGGAAAAUAUUACUCGUCCCGUUAUAUUUAACAUUCAUUCUGAACUAGGGGUGAGCAUUUUAUAUUAUCUGAUAGAUUUUUAAUAAAUUGGUGCUUUCACAGCCACCGCCGGCGUACAGCACGUUGAAUUUCGACCGGCCGUCUAUUUCAUCGUACUGUGGGCGCGCCGCCCGUCUGAACCCGACGUUUUCGAUCAGUGACGACGUGGACAUGCUGCCGCCGCCAAACUAUUCUACGUUCACCACGGUCACCAACCAUCACCAUCACCAUCCGGUGACCGGCCGGGCGGCCAACAACGAAAUCAUCCUCACGCAACCCAUUUACGAAAACAGUCCGCUGCGGCGCACGUGACUAUGAUAAAUGAACAUUUUUUUAUAUUUUUUUUUUUUGUCUUAAAUUAUUAAUGUGUUGCUGUAAAAACCCGAAAUCCUUGUGUCGAAACUAUAGAACACAAUAAUAUAAUGUACUAUAAUACCUGGUAAAAAAAAAAAAAAAAAAAAAAAAAAAGCACUAUAGUUACACACCUAUCAUAGACUUAAAUAUGGUGCUUAUGAGGACUUAGACCCAUAGAUAGAAAUUGGAAGCUAAGCCCUUUCAAAACGUAUCAACAAAGAAAUUAAUCGUUUCAAAUAUACUAAGUGGUCAGUAAUCACUACUAUAAAUAUAAUAAUUUGCAAUUAAAACAUUACAGUUGGAAUGCAAAUAAAAAAAGUACAGUUUUACAAAAAUAUCGAUCUAUGUAUACACCUAGAUAUAUUGUUUUGAAAUAAAUUAUUUAAAUUUGUGUUAAAUAUUCUAUAAUAUUACGUACAUCACGAAAUUGGACAUACAUUCAAAUUUGUACAAUAAAGUAUUUUCAAAUAUUAGUUCCCUCUAAAAUUAUUAACCCUCUCUAAGCCACCUCAAACCCUACUAAUAAUUUAAUUUAAGCUUUGAUAAUAUUAGGUUUAAUACCUAUUAGGCUUAAGCCUAAGUAUUUUCAGACUAUACGCCUAUUUAGAGAGUUCGGAAACGAAAGCGGUCUUUUUUAGUAUAUAAUGAGUGUAUAAUUAAUAAUUUUUAAGCAUACGUCUGUACGUUUAACAUUUUUCAAUUUGAACUUUUUUUUUAUUUUCGUUGAAAUUUUAUUAAAAAAAAAAAAAAUAAAUUCCGAUGGUCAUUCGAAAUUUGAAAAUUGAGAAAAUAUUGAGUUUUUGUGCAUUUAUACUAAGUUACUACCAGGUUCAAUUUAUAUAUCAUAAAUAUUAUAAUAACAAUACUAGGUAUAAUAUCAAUACAUUUUUAGAAACUAAUAUCAAACAAAAAUACAUCACAAUAUUAUAGUUACCUUAUAUUCGUCUUCUUUUUCUCCUUAUAGUGAAUGCAUAGAUAGGUGAAGAAAAAGUAGAAGUAAUCUACAGAGGUAAACUUGUUAGUAUUCGUCCCACUGUUCUAUAGAAAACAAUCUAUUCGAAAAUUCUUGCAUUAUAUUUUAAUAAACUUUUUUAGUAUUUUGCUAAAAAUGUUCUAUUUUGAAAAAAUACAGGAGUAGUCCGGACUUCUAGAACCCCUAUGUAUGGCCUUGGUUCUUGACAACGUCGUUAAAAUGUCUGGAUAUUGACAAACAAUUUUAUGUUCAUCACCUCUAUCAAAAUUAACCGUUAUUUUUUUUCGUCUUCAAAAAAACACAUUUUACAGUAUAUUUUAACAGUAACUAGCACAGUGAUAGGCCCUGCAGAUACCUCCGGGUAUAGAGUAUAAUAUAGGACAAGAAGAUAGGUUAGUAGUGAACCAAUAUUUCUGUGUGCAUAGGUCAACUUAACCAAUAGACGUAAAGUCGUUAAUCUGAGAAAUUUAACAAUUUUCACACAAAAAACUUACGCCGCCACGAUAAACUUAAGCCGAUUUACAUCACCGUGUAUACAACUGUAAGUCUUCACUCCCGUGAUGUACGUUUUUACUAUAACAACAGACUAUACACAUUAUACAGUAUAAAACCUAAUCGUUUGUUUGCAUUUAUAUUACAUUAUAUACUCUAAUUUAUACGGGUACCUUUUAGCUUUUACGCAAACAAAUAUCCGAGGCGAUAUAGUUUGAAAAAUUAUUUAUUUUAAUUGAGUACUGAAUAAAUGAUAUUCUAUGAUAUAUAUGUACCAUUUAAGAUUAAAACAUAUGUGAUAUAACAGUAGUAUAAUAAUUAAGUUUUAUAUAAAUAUUAUAAAAUUAUUAUGUUUUUUUUCCGUACUGUAUGUGCGUAUAGUGGUAAAUGCAUUUAGUACAAUAAUUAUUAUGUAUACAAAACUUGUAUAGGUUCCACCGAUUUCGGGUUUUUGUGCUAAACUGCUGAUUUUACACUAUUGAUAAUAACAAUAAUAUAAUAAUAUACAGUAGUUGUAAGAUUUUGUUCGGUAAAAUUUGAAAUUAUUGUUGUAUAUUUCUUUGUAUUGUACAGUGGUAUUUUUAUUUUUCAACUAAUCAACUUUUUUUUAGUUUUAUAAAAAGUCUGUACAGAUAAAUACUUGUGAUGUGAUAAAAUAUUUUACGCGUAUUUUAUGGCGAAUCGCGUUAUUAUAUAUUUUGUAAUUUUUUUGUUUUCCAGUUAUUUAUUAAUUUGUAUUUUGUUAUUUUUGCACGUUUUGAAUUAUUAUGUAAUAUAUUAUGUGUAUAAU